UGUAACCUAAAGGGGCAAGGCAGUGCUGAGAUCUGAUUACCCGCACAGAUAGUGUGUAAUCGAUUCGUUAAAAAACUAAAUAAAUAAAAAACAAAAACAUUUUCAAAUUAAAGGUGGUUGUUUUUUUUGUUUUUUUUUUAAGGGGGAAUCCAUAUUUUUGGUUCACUCCCGUUUGUUUCAUCAAGUUCAGACUGGGUGCUUGAAUUUAUUGCGGACAUACAAGCAAGGGAGCUGUUGCUGAGUGAAUCUCAGUUCGAAUAGCACAGCGAGGCAAGAGACCGUCACGACUCAACCGCUAAUUACCAAAAUAAUGUCAAAACAGGACUGAGGUCCAGGACUGAAGAGCAGUGGAUAAUUUUCUUCAGCCAGGCUAAUGUUCUCUCCUGAUCAAGAAAACAUCUCUGCCUCCAUCAAAGUGCCCGUCAAGUACGGAGAACUCAUUGUCCUGGGAUACAAUGGUUCUCUACCAAAUGGAGACAGAGGCAGACGGAAAAGCCGGUUUGGUUUAUGCAAAAGACCGAAAGCUAAUGGGGUGAAGCCCAGCACGGUGCAUGUUGCCUGUACACCUCAGGCAGCCAAGGCAAUAAGCAACAAGGACCAGCACAGUAUCUCUUACACACUGUCUCGAGCUCAGACUGUGGUUGUGGAGUACACGCAUGACAGCAGUACAGAUAUGUUCCAGAUUGGCCGCUCGACGGAGGGCCCUAUUGAUUUUGUAGUGACGGACACAGUCCCAGGUAGCCAGAGCAACUCGGACACGCAGUCUGUUCAGAGCACCAUCUCUAGAUUUGCCUGCCGAAUCAUCUGUGAAAGAGUUCCUCCCUACACCGCCCGGAUCUACGCAGCUGGAUUUGACUCAUCCAAGAAUAUCUUCCUUGGAGAAAAGGCUGCCAAGUGGAAGACGUCAGACUCUCAGAUGGAUGGGCUGACUACAAAUGGAGUCCUUGUUAUGCAUCCUCGAAAUGGCUUCUCAGAGGACUCCAAACCGGGAGUGUGGAGGGAGAUUUCUGUGUGUGGGAAUGUAUUUACUCUGCGAGAGACCAGAUCAGCACAGCAGAGGGGGAAAAUGGUGGAAAAUGAAACCAAUGAGCUGGUGGACGGCUCCCUGGUCGACCUGUGUGGAGCGGCCCUGUUGUGGCGCACGGCGGACGGGCUGGCACACACUCCCACAGUGAAGCACCUGGAGGCCCUGCGACAGGAGAUCAAUGCGGCACGGCCCCAGUGCCCUGUGGGCUUCAACACGCUGGCUUUUCCCAGCAUGAAGAGGAAGGACGUGGUGGAUGAGAAGCAGCCCUGGGUCUACCUCAACUGCGGCCACGUACACGGCUACCAUAACUGGGGCAACAAGGAGGAGCGUGACGGCAAGGAGCGCGAGUGCCCCAUGUGCCGCUCCCGAGGGCCCUACGUGCCUCUGUGGCUGGGCUGCGAGGCCGGCUUCUACGUGGACGCUGGGCCCCCAACACAUGCUUUCAGCCUGUGCGGCCAUGUGUGCUCUGAAAAGACUGUCACCUAUUGGUCCCAAAUCCCACUGCCUCACGGAACUCACACUUUUCACGCUGCCUGCCCUUUCUGUGCACAGCAGCUGACCGGAGAGCAAGGCUACAUUAGACUUAUAUUCCAAGGACCUGUGGAUUAGAGUUUUUUUUUUUUUUUACUGUUAUUCUUCUAAUUAUUAUUCUAUAAAAGCUGAUUAUGCAAAAUAAGCUUGUUUUUGUUCUUUCAUUUUUGUGACCUUUUUUUAAAGUGACCUUUUUCAUUGAUCUGUAACGAGUGAAGUUUCUGGUUUAAGAAAAAAAUAUUUUGAUCUGUGGAUUUUCACCAAAAACAAACACUUGCAUACAUUUGAUGAAACGUCACUUUUCUUAUUGUGUGGGGAAUGAAAAUGAACUGUAUUUUAUAAUAUGUGGAAGAAUUGUGGAAAACAAAAAGGCACUACCACUGCCUUGAAGUUUUUGUGAUUUUUUUUUUUUCCCCCCCCAGUUAUAAUUUUUAUUAUAUAAAGGGAUCCUGGACACAAACUAUUUAUGCCUAAUAAAUACUGAUACCACUCCAAGAUGCAAACUAUAUUAGUUUCAUAGGAAACAAUUUACAUGAUUAUUUCUUAACAAAUCAUUAUAUUGUAUAACAUGCAUAACCUUGAAUAUUAACUUUUUUUAAUGUGAUAUAUAAAAUAGAUACUUUUUGAGGUAAGGUAAUCUGUGUCUGUUUUGUUACCACCUUGUGGGUUCAGUUUUACUUUUAAGUAUAGUCUAGGCACAGAGAAAAUAUAGAUAUUACAAUAUGCAACAGUGUUUUCAAAAGAGCUACAUUUUUGUUUCAUGCAGCGUCUAUCCUAUUUUCCCAGUGGCAUUACCAUGGUUUUAUUUAAUAAAAUGCAUUCGGAGCAAAGCAUUCCCUGACUUACUUGUAACACCUCCGAUUUCACAGUUGUGGGAUUUCAGACCAUAUCUGCAUGAUAUUAAAUGCAUUGCCGUUCAAUGCACUUGCCAAUGUGCUGAUACUCUUCCAAUGUGACCCUUGGCCUCUGACAGGACCAGGAUAAACUCAACCGCUUUUCCCCUCUCUUAGAAAUCUAUAAUGCAGUUUUGUGUCAGACAUUAAAAACUGUCUUUGGAGGCUGGUUUGUAGAGCUAUUGUGCUCGGUCUCAGGUUGAUGAUAGUUUGUUAUAGGAAUGUGUUAAAAGUGCUCAAUAAUGGGCUUUAACAAAAGGGUGCACCAGCACAUUUUUUGUAUAGCCGUGACCAUUCAGUUGGUAUGUGGGCUAAUGUCACGUACGUAGAUUUCUUUGUCGGUAAUUUUAUGUGACAGAAAGUUCUUAUGCAUAGCAUUAUUACGUCAUCUCAGGGAGAAGGCACAACUUUGGAUAUUGAUUAAAAUAUAGUAUGUCCGACGGCAAAACCUUAUCAAAAAAUGUACAUGACACGUUGUUUUUUUUUUUGUUUUUUUAUCCAGUAGUAAAUGUAUUUAAGCUAUUGACUUUUCAAAUGAACAUGGAUUCACUUGUUCGAAGGAGAGCUUUUUAAUAAUGUGUUCACUGCAUGGUCUGUGCGUUCAUGGCAUUGUUUCAAAUUCUGUUCCACCAUGUUCUGAAUUUCCCAGACACUUAAAACAGUUUUGUACUAACUUUAAACAAUAAAUUUUAAAAAUUAAAAAAAAAAAAAAUUUACAAGAAAACCUGUUUACUUUUCAGUGUUUACUGUAUUUUUCACACAUGAACUGUGUAUAAAUACUGAGUGUUUGUGUUUGAUUGUGUGUGUCUGUGUAUAACCUUUUUUGUUUUAAAUGGGAGAAAUUAGAGGUACAUUUACUUUUUCCAUUUCUUAAAACAUACUGGGUUUGGACAUUAAAAUUGGAAAUAUCUGACCCACAACUGACUGAUUUAAUUUGUUUGUGUCACAAUGUACAUAGGAUCGCUAAAUUAAACUGCUGCUUCUUGUGCAAUUUAUUGUAUACAACGCAGUAGCUUACUGUUUCUCCUUAAUUUCUAAAAUGUAUGAUGUCUAAUUUUCUUGAAAAUAACAUGAGGGUUUAUGGUUUUCUGUCCUCUACAAAAGCUGCAUCUCCCUGUUUCAAGCCAGCUCGUCAUGACAUCUGACCAACUGGUUUGUAAAUAGCACUCGUUUUGGCAGGUGCUUCCGUAUUCAAGACUUUUGGUGGAACAGACUUGUGAUUCUAUGGACCAUUUUGAAGAACCAACUUCUUGCCCCAACUUCCCUGAAGAAAUUUAUGAAUAAUGGCCCAUGUAUCUCUCCAGAUCAGUUAAGACCUUGCAGACUUUGAACCAGUGCCUUCCUGGCUGCCUGUGGUAGCCAAACACUAUAUUGAUGUUGUUCUGGCAAAUGUUUCAAAUUGUAUGUUCCACACCGAUCUCUUGUGUCCCAUGCCAAUCUGUUGGCAUAUCAGUACCUCAGCAGCUAUAAUGAAAGUUAAACAAAUGUAACCCAAGAUGCAACCCAUGACUGUAAAUCUGUAGUUUACUGUACCAGUAUUUAUUUUGGCUGCUAAAACAAACAAGUUAAGACUGCCUAUUUGUGGAUUAAAUUGACUUAACCUUAAUUGAUGCAUUGUUUUAUUAAAGAAAGGCAGUUGAA